AUGGGUGUCCUAUGCUCCCGCAAGGGGCGCGGGAAGUCGCAGUGGCAACUUCAAGGCAGGCACGGCGGGCAGGCCAAGACCAUCAUCGUCGAUCUGUUAUUGCUGGACGUUCCCAGAUAUUCCACGAUUGCGCAUCCGUACCUCAAGGUGGAUAAAACAAGCCAGACCAUGCCGUCCGGUCUUGGGAUUGAAAAGUUAUGUGACCUGCGACCGGCUGGAGCGUUGCGCGUUGAACAAGAUCUUGUUUUCCACGGCACCGUACUAUGGAAGGAGGGAUUCCCAAGCUCGGCCCGUGGUGAGCUGAAAGUGAAAUUGGCGGUGCCGCUGAUGCUCAGGCCAUUCCAUGAAGCUCCUUUUGUGACAGGUCAACCUUUGGUUGUCUCUCGGUCAUUUUUCAGAUAUCUCGCAGCAAUACUCCCGUCGUCUCAUGUUAUUACCAGCCGCUCCCAAAACAGCAAUCCACAAAGACCGAGGCUCGCGAUCGAAUCGGAAAGCAAGUCUCUCUACUUCUGGUGUAUGAACUCACGAGUCAUCCCGGACAUUAUGCUCCUCUCCGUGGUUGUUGUCGCCGUUGCCGUCUCUGGUAAUUGUGCAUAUUUCAUAUGUACACAUACUUAUGUAGCCUGCUUAUUACCUGACCUUGCCCGGGCCUUCCCAUCCACUGUGCCCGUCUUGUACAUGGAAGGCACCGUUAACGCCUGCAAGUUCUCGGUUCAACAGAGAAACACCCCUUCCCGCCACUCUUCCGUCUUUGACGCUGGGUUCAAUGUUACUUCCAGAGCCAGCCAUUGUCUCUCCGUCUUCUGGCCGAAUUUCGCGCCUUGUAGGAAGUUUCUUAAGGAGAGCCACUCCCCGAAAGUCUCAUACGCGUCCUUGCCUCCAUCUAUCGACAGCGGCAUCCUCAGCUUCACCGUAGCAGCGAACGAGAGACGAGAACGACGACCUGAUCGACACUUGUGCGGAUUUGCUACCUGCAUUCCCCACGUGCGCCCGCCACUCCCUGCAUGUCAUUGCCCGGGGAAUAUUUUGAACAUCCCCUACUGUUCCUCAUCAUCAUACUUCCCCCUUGCACCGAAAGUUCCCCCGUUCUUGUACUAUAAUGCUACCGCCUGCGCCGUCUACGGCAUGCACCGGAAGGGCAAAAAACGGAAUAUGCAUAGGCAAAAACGGCGAAUGACGAAGGAGGAGGAACAGAACAUGGAGGAUGGGGAGAAAAACCAGAUUCUUGUCCCGCUAUUGCUGUCGCCCCCUAGCUGCAUUCGCUACCAUUUACAUAUCCCAGAAAAGGCCCAAAGGCAGAAGCAAAAGGAGAAGGAGACGCAGAAGCAGCAGGUACCUGAAGGCAGUCCAGCCAUACAUACGAAGUACCCCCAACGACAGCGGAGGACAAAACGGAGAAAGAGACGUGCGCUCACUCGCUGCCCACGCUUCCACCUACCCCGCUGCCCUUUUUGCAACUCCCACGCCCUCACGCCCACACAUCCCACGCCCACCGUCCCACGUCCCACGUCCCAUACGGCCACAGUCCACCGUCCACCGUCUACGACCAGCCAGCGAGCGACCUUCUCCUCCCAGCCCAAGAAUCCACGUCCCAGAACCAGGCCUAAGACCAGGACCGCCCCGCCGAACAGCCACCCCUCCAGCGCGCAACAAAUCCUUGAGCUCGCUCCCCCGCCGUCGCUGCAUCUCUUUCAAAUCCAGCCGACUCCCGCUCUCUUGUUGCCUUUCCAUACACGCGCCAGACCAGACGGAAAGCUGCCCAUCGCACACCUCACAUACCGCAAAACCUCUACUUCGAAUUCCCUCACCUCGUUCAAAUUCGAGCUGAUCAUCGAGCCUGUCUCUCGCUCAUCACAGCAGAACCGUCAGCAGAAGCACAACUUGACCCGUCGAUCUCCCGGCUGUCGUCUUUUUACUCCACCACCCCUCAUCAUUCUUUAA